AUGGCCAUCAACUCUGCCCCCGAGUCCUCCCUCCUUUCCCUCCUCUACCGCUCCUACCCUACCGCCAUCUCCCCCGACGCCACGGAGCCCGACCUUCACACGGCCACCCCCAAAAUCUUUCCGCAGACUAGCUUUUCGGUCGCCGAAGAGGCCGACGUCAAGCAAUGGCUGGCCACCAUCUCCGGUCUGCAGACCGCUCUCAGCAAGGAUGACAAGCCCGUCGUCUCGACCAUCCUCGCCCAGCUGAACUCUCACCUCGCCACCCGCACAACUCUGCUCGGUGCGAAGCCCUCCGUGGCUGAUAUUGCCGUCUACGCUCUCGUCGCUCCUCUCGUCGAGAAAUGGACUCCCGAGGAGCGUACCGGCGAGCAGGGCUACCACCACAUCGUCCGUCACGUCGACUUCGUCCAGAACAGCCGCAUUUUCGCUCUCCAGAUCCCCGACGAGGAGAAGGUCACCAUUGACGUGAACGACGUCCGCUUCGUGCCCAAGCCCGUCGACCCCAAGGAGGAGAAGGAGCGCAAGAAGAAGGAGAAGGCCGCUGCCCAGAAGCCCGCCGCUGAGGCUGCUGGCAAGCCCCUCGUUGUCGGACAGGGCAAGCCCGAGGCUGCGGCCAAGGCCGACGGUGCUAAGGGUGACGCCGCCGCCGCUAAGCCUGAGGGCAAGCCCAAGAAGGAGAAGAAGGAAAAGAAGGAGAAGCCGGCCAAGGCUGCGCCCGCCCCUGCUGCUCCCCCGUCCCCCUCCGUCAUUGACCUCCGUGUCGGUCACAUUCUUCGUGCCGUCAACCACCCCAACGCCGACUCCCUCUACGUCUCGACCAUCGACUGCGGUGACGCCCCGGGCACCGAGAACACCUCUCUGGAUGAGGCCACCGGCAAGACCGUCCGCACUGUGUGCUCUGGUCUGAACGGUCUGAUCCCCCUGGAGGAGAUGCAGAACCGCAAGAUCGUCGCCGUCUGCAACCUGAAGCCCGUCACCAUGCGUGGCAUCAAGUCCUGCGCCAUGGUCUUGGCCGCCUCUCCCCGCGUGGCUGAGGGCGAGGACUCGCACGCUGGACCCGUCGAGCUCGUUUCGCCUCCUGCCGAUGCCCCUGCCGGUGAGCGCGUGUGCUUCGACGGCUGGACCGAGGGUGAGCCCGAGAAGGUGCUCAACCCCAAGAAGAAGGUCUGGGAGACCUACCAGCCUGGAUUCACCACCACCGAUGCCCUCGAGGUUGCCUUUGAGAUGAGUGCCGUUCCAGCCGUUCAGGGCCAGGAGGGCAAGCCCGCUCUUGGUAAGCUGAAGACGCAAUCCGGUGGACUUUGCACAGUCAAGACCCUGAAGGGUGCGGCUGUCCGGUAA